AUGGGUUUAAUAAAAAUUAACAUAGAUCGUGGAAAAACAGAACAUCGUUCAUUUACAGACAUUUGGAGUUGUUGCUUGGGUUGUCAAGGCCUUGGCGACGGGACGCUGGUGCUGGUAUAUAACACCUCGGGAACACAUCUCAUCAUCCAGUUCGUGACAGAACUUGAUCCAGUCAACACCAAUAUGAAGUUGGUGUUAGUGUCCUUGGCCUUGGCUAUGCUGGCCGUAUCUGGCUUGGCCAGGCCAGGUGGACAUGGAGGCGGUGGCGGCGGCUAUGGAGGAGGCGGUGGCGGCCAUGGAGGUGGUGGUGGCCAUGGAGGUGGUGGCGGCCAUGGAGGUGGUGGCGGCGGCGGCGGCGGUUAUUCUGGUGGUUCUUCUACCAGCGGCUUCAGUUUUGGUGGUCAUGGAGGCGGUGGUGGUGGCGGUGGCGGCCAUGGUGGUGGUGGAGGCGGCGGCCAUGGAGGUGGCGGUGGCGGGUAUGGAGGCGGUGGCAGCGGAGGUUAUGGAGCUGGUUCAUCAUCCAGUAGUUUCAGUCUCGGAGGCGGUGGAGGAGGCCAUGGAGGUGGCGGUGGAGGAGGCCAUGGGGGUGGCGGUGGAGGAGGCCAUGGAGGUGGUGGUGGUGGUGGUCAUGGAGGUGGCGGCUAUGGAGGUGCUGGUGGUGGUGGUGGCGGCGGUGGCGGUGGUGGUGGAGGCGGCGGCCAUGGAGGUGGCGGUGGCGGGUAUGGAGGCGGUGGCAGCGGAGGUUAUGGAGCUGGGUCAUCAUCCAGUAGUUUCAGCCUCGGAGGCCAUGGAGGUGGCGGUGGAGGAGGCCAUGGAGACCCAGAGACUCAUCAAGACAUUAUUCAGUCAGUCACAGUGAGAGGUUGUGUUAGCUGGAGCUCCGAUUGUCGUAUUAUUACCAUAGCAAUAUGGAAGGUGUAG